GGAAAGGCACCAUAACACAAGCGGAGACUUCAAUGGGACAGACGUUUCUGAAAGAUCUCGAGAACUGAUCUAUCGGAUACUGAAAGCACGUUGAAAUGAAGUCCUGCAGCUAUGAUGUUCACGGGUCAGUCCUGGCCGCCAGCCUGCUCAGCGUGUGCUUCGCAAAUAUUUGCACCGAUACUGGAAAUCUCCCUUCCCUGAAGAACGGAUAUUCGUCUGCAGGAUCGCCGUUUUUGAACUUAACGACAGGUGGCUUGAUGCUGUGUGCUGUCGAGUGUCUCGAGCGGUCCAGGUGCAUGUCCUUCAACUUCUUCCUUCAAGACGGCAGCUGUGAGAUGCAUGACAUGGCGACAAGUGAUCAGCUGUACGAGCCGUUGUCUGCAGUUGUACAUUCAGAUAAACAUCAGCUGCCACAGUUUCUUGCACGAUCGUGUGAAUCCCAUGGCUGUGGCCAUCAUGAAAAAUGUGUACCUGAGGACGGAGGUUAUUCAUGCGCUAUAGAAUUCCCCACAUCUUGUGCCGACGUUAAGCAGUGUGCGCCCACCAGCGGUGAUGGAGAAUACUGGAUAUACCUCCUCAACUUCAACAUGGCCAAAGCCCGCAUCUAUUGCCACAACAUGGGUUCCACUAAACCUUCGGACUACCUGACUCUCCCUGUCGUGAACUAUGGUAACUACCCGAAUAUCAGGAACCCUGUCUGUCAGGGGGAGGCUCAGGGCUUGGUCCAGAGUUGUGAAGGAACUUAUGGGGAGGUCUGGUUCAGUAAAGUCAAGAUCAACACAUCGUCACUGAAAGUCACCACAAACGAACACUCAUUUGCUAACUACACAAACCAGAAACUGUUGUAUGGAGUUGCAUCAGAUUGCUAUUCCAAACAUACCGACGGAGUCAGAGCUUCAUGCGGACCUCGGGGGACGUUUACCAUCAAUUUGACUGGAACUGGAAUGUCUGUAACACCGGGGACAACCUGGAGAGACAGCGGCUACAAAUAUUGGAUGAACGUAACGCGAACCAUUGAAAGUACGAUAAUCUACCUGAACUGCGGGGGAUAUCCGGGCUUCUGCGAAGCUGUAGGUGGCCUUUAUCUCCAACCCCACAACAUUGACGCUCUUGAAGAAUCAUCUGCAACCAAAGUUCAGUGCACCAUCUGAGAACUGCUUGGAGGAAACACAGUUCUAUCCUUCCUUGGCGACCAUGUGUAAUUGUUUGA